ACUUUCCUUUCAAAUGCAGGCACAUUGCAGGAGCCAACCUCCUCCCAGUCCUUAGUGGUAGAAGGGGAGGGAGUGUGGUGUGAUGGAAUAGGUCAGUUGGACAGUUUUUUUAGGUAUAAGAAUGACAUGAGUGCAGACACUUCAUCCUCGGUCACAGGGGUGUCAGAAGUGACAGUGACUCUUGUGUUUGAGGCACUUUGGAAGAACAUUGGUGACAUAUGGUGUUACAUUUUCCCAAAGUUACAAGCAUUAUCAUUUUUUGUGAGACUGUGGAAGUAAGAGGGUGUGCAGGAACUUGCUCAGCAGUGGAGAGCGACUGCUCCCUCCCCUGUCAAAGGUGGAACAAUUUGUGGAUUCCCCUAACUGCUGGCCAGUUUCUUUUGUUAGCAAGAUACAGACUGCAGAUGUACUGGGUAUAUGCAAAUGUGAUUGACUCAGAAAGUUACAUCUGCGUGAUCCUGUUGCAGGGGAGUGUCCGUGUGUGCAGAAUAUGCACAGAUGAAUUAGUGUGUGCGCUCACCUGACAGUGGAAGAUCCAUUAAUAUAUAGAAAUUACACAAGCUUCCGCCGGCCACAUCCUGGGUGAUUGGGAGUACCAAAUUACUGCGUUGCCGUUGCUAGGGUUGCUCCCGAUAACAUGCGCAUCCUGUUUACACUGUUGACCCCGGGACACACACAGAAGAUGUCUGGGAGGAGCUUGGCAUAGAUUGAGAGAACACCCGUGGAGGGUAGAGAGAGCUUGAGAGGGAAAAAAAAUAAAGAUUUGCAGAUGAAAUAAAACCAUAAAAAGACAAUUGUAGAUUUUGACUCUUUAAGAGAUUUUGCACAUUAAAAGAAGAUAAGACUGAAUUUUGUGGGGCAUAAAAUACCCCAAAAUGGCAAACAACUCUACAGACCACCACCCUGCCAACUCGGUGAACGAGGGCAGCUAUGAGGGGGACUUUGGCUGCACGGUAGAUGAAUUAAGGAGCCUUAUGGAACUCCGUUCUGGAGAAGCAGUCAACCGGAUCGGAGACACUUACGGUGGAGUCCCUAACAUCUGCAGAAGGUUAAAGACCUCUCCGGUGGAAGGUUUGUCAGGAAACCCUUCUGACCUAGAAAAAAGACGUCUAAUCUUUGGCAAAAACUUUAUUCCCCCAAAGAAAGCCAAAACCUUUCUGCAGCUGGUUUGGGAGGCCCUGCAGGACGUAACCUUAAUCAUUUUGGAAAUCGCAGCCAUAAUAUCCCUGGGUCUGUCCUUCUACCACCCAGUUGGAGGGCACAAUGAAUUGUGUGGAGAGGCUUCAGGUGGGGUGGAAGAUGAAGGUGAGGCACAGGCUGGAUGGAUUGAGGGAGCUGCCAUAUUGUUCUCAGUCAUCAUUGUGGUACUAGUUACAGCGUUUAAUGACUGGAGCAAAGAGAAGCAGUUCAGAGGGUUGCAGAAUCGUAUUGAACAGGAGCAAAAAUUUACAGUCAUUCGCAAGGGACAAGUAAUACAGAUACCAGUGGCAGAGCUGGUGGUAGGAGACAUCGCACAAGUCAAGUAUGGUGACCUACUGCCUGCUGACGGUGUACUUAUCCAAGGCAAUGACCUGAAGAUUGAUGAAAGCUCACUUACUGGAGAGAGUGACCAUGUGAAGAAAAAUCUGGAUAAGGACCCCAUGCUGCUGUCAGGUACCCAUGUGAUGGAAGGAUCCGGUCGUAUGAUUGUCACAGCUGUGGGUGUCAAUUCUCAGACAGGCAUAAUUUUCACCUUGCUGGGGGCAAAUGAGGGAGGUGAAGAAGAGAAGAAAUCCAAGAAAGGUAAAAAACCAGGACCUUCUGAAAAUCGCAACAAAGCCAAAGCUCAGGAUGGUGUCGCCCUGGAAAUCCAACCCCUAAAGAGCGAGGAAGGAGUGGAAUGCGAGGAGAAGGAGAAAAAGGUGUACAAAGUUCCAAAGAAGGAGAAGUCUGUUUUGCAAGGAAAGCUCACUCGACUGGCAGUGCAGAUUGGCAAAGCAGGUCUUAUUAUGUCUGCUGUCACCGUGAUCAUUCUGGUGCUGUACUUUGUUAUUUAUAACUUUGGUGUGCUGGGGCGCCCCUGGCUGGCAGAAUGCACCCCUAUCUACAUCCAGUACUUUGUCAAGUUCUUCAUCAUUGGUGUCACUGUGCUAGUGGUGGCUGUCCCUGAAGGGCUGCCUCUUGCGGUCACCAUAUCACUGGCGUACUCUGUCAAGAAAAUGAUGAAGGAUAAUAACCUUGUACGUCACUUGGAUGCCUGUGAGACAAUGGGCAAUGCCACUGCCAUCUGCUCAGACAAAACUGGCACGUUAACCAUGAACCGUAUGACAGUGGUACAAGCAUAUAUAGGUGGCACACACCAUAGACAGAUUCCUGAUCCUGAAACUAUAAAUUCCAAACUUCUGGAAAUGAUGAUUAAUGGAAUCUCUGUCAACUCUGCGUAUACAUCCAAGAUCUUGCCUCCAGAAAAGGAGGGUGGUCUCCCCAGACAGGUGGGUAACAAAACAGAAUGUGCCCUGCUCGGCUUUGUGUUAGACCUAAAGCAGGAUUACCAAGCGGUACGGAAUGAAAUCCCUGAGGAGAAACUCUACAAGGUUUACACCUUCAACUCUGUGCGCAAGUCAAUGAGCACAGUCCUAGCUGACCCUUCAGGAGGAUUUCGCAUGUUCAGCAAGGGGGCCUCUGAAAUCAUCCUACGCAAAUGCACACGGCUCCUGGACCAGAGUGGGGAGGUAUGUCCCUUCAAGGCAAAGGAUCGGGAUGAAAUGGUAAAGAAGGUGAUUGAGCCCAUGGCAUGUGAUGGACUGCGCACAAUCUGCCUGGCGUAUCGUGACUUUCCUGCAGGAACUGAGCCUGAUUGGGACAACGAGGGCGAAAUCCUGUCCGACCUCACUUGUAUCAAUGUGGUGGGAAUUGAAGAUCCAGUCAGACCAGAGGUGCCUGACGCUAUCCUAAAGUGCCAACGUGCUGGGAUCACCGUGCGUAUGGUGACUGGCGACAAUAUAAAUACUGCUCGUGCUAUUGCCACCAAGUGUGGGAUCCUGCUGCCUGGUGAGGACUUUCUGUGCUUGGAGGGGAAGGAAUUCAACACACUCAUCAGAAAUGAGAAGGGAGAAGUGGAGCAGGAAAAGCUGGAUAAGGUGUGGCCCAGACUACGUGUCCUGGCCCGGUCAUCUCCAACUGACAAGCACACUCUGGUAAAAGGCAUCAUUGACAGUACUGUGACUGAGCGGAGACAGGUGGUGGCUGUGACUGGAGAUGGUACUAAUGAUGGGCCAGCUCUGAAGAAGGCAGAUGUUGGAUUUGCUAUGGGCAUUGCUGGCACAGAUGUGGCUAAAGAGGCUUCUGACAUUAUCCUGACAGACGAUAACUUUACCAGCAUUGUGAAAGCGGUCAUGUGGGGCCGCAACGUUUAUGACAGCAUUUCCAAAUUUCUGCAGUUCCAGCUCACUGUCAACGUGGUGGCUGUAAUUGUGGCAUUCACAGGUGCCUGCAUCACGCAGGAUUCCCCAUUAAAGGCCGUUCAAAUGCUGUGGGUCAAUUUAAUUAUGGAUACAUUUGCUUCUUUGGCCCUGGCCACUGAACCUCCCACUGAAUCACUUCUCUUGCGUAGACCAUAUGGGCGCAAUAAGCCUCUCAUCUCCCGCACCAUGAUGAAGAACAUACUGGGGCAUGCAGUGUAUCAGCUGACAAUCAUCUUCACUUUACUGUUUGCAGGUGAGAAAUUUUUUGACAUUGACAGUGGGAGGGAUGUCCCUCUGCACUCACCUCCAUCGGAACACUACACUAUCGUCUUCAACACCUUUGUAAUGAUGCAGCUCUUUAAUGAAAUAAAUGCUCGCAAAAUUCACGGGGAACGAAACGUCUUUGAUAAUAUCUACCGGAACCCUAUUUUCUGCGCUGUUGUUCUUGGGACUUUUGGAGCACAGAUCAUAAUCGUGGAGUUUGGAGGGAAGCCAUUUAGUUGCUCUGGUCUUUCGUUAUCCCAGUGGUUCUGGUGCAUCUUUAUUGGACUUGGAGAACUUUUGUGGGGACAGCUGAUCUGCUCAGUACCAACCAGUCGCCUCAAAUUCCUGAAGGAGGCAGGCCAUGGGCCAAUGAAAGAUGAUAUUCAACAUGAGGAAAUGACUGAAGGCAUGGAGGAGUUUGACCAUGGAGAGAUGGAACUUAGAAGAGGCCAGAUCCUAUGGUUCAGAGGCCUGAACCGAAUACAGACUCAGCAAACAAGCACUAUUAAAGUGGUAAACGCUUUCCGUAGUUCCCUCUACGAGGGGCUGGAGAAGCCACAGACCCGCAGUGCCAUUCAUAGCUUCAUGACCAACCCGGAGUUCAUGCCACAGGAGGCGGGGCCUGCUCCCCUGCUCACAGACAGCGACAGUGAGGGUGAGGAAUCUCAGAGUCUCCUGAAGGAACACAGCAACCAGACACACAACCACAACAACAACUCCUCUGCUGGUCAGCCUGAGAGCCCUCUGCACAGUCUGGAGACUUCCAUCUGAUCCCUGCAUUAAGCCCUCCCAGCUGGGCAUCUGGAAGAGUUUGACUGCUCCUUCCCCUGCUGUCCUGUCCUCUUGCUUCACCCUCCCCAGCACAUUCACGCAUCGUUACACCAUUAAAACUGUACACCCAUAGGUGUUAUUCAAACUCUAACACAGAUGGAAUUCAUACAGCUAUACACACACUCUGAAAAGCCACAAAUUGACACUCAUUGUAUCCACGUUGCCACAAAAUCGCUUAUCAACUAAAUCCAUGUGGCCAAAACAGAUGUAUAGCUUGGAUUUCUUCAGGAUCUAGGUCCGUGCAACUAAACACGGACACUGUAUAAAAGUCCCAAGACACUGCACUUUGUGAUUUAAAAAAAACUUUAGAGUUCUGAGUCUGAGCAACCAUAAGGACAUAGUUUCACUGUAUAAGUUGUCUCUUAUACAGAGAGCAGACUCUGUGCAAACUGAACAAUGUAUCUCUGUAACACAGCACACAAUGUCAUCAAUAUAUCCAACCCUGUCAUAUGGAAACUGUUCAUAAUGUCUUAAACAUUCUCUGGGGAAAAUGUCACUCUCACAAACACACAUUGUCAAUCUGCAUACAACCAUGCAAAUGCUUUUCAUUUUCAAGUAUUUGGUCAUGUAUUCAUUUUUACACCUAUUUACUCACAUGCUUGUUAAUAUGGCCAUAGCCACAGCAUACACACUUGUGUGUUUGCUUUAUAUAUUUCAGCUCUUUGUCUGUCCCUUUUGUCUUGUGUGUUUUGCAUGUUUAAAUAACACCACCUCCUGAUACUUCUCCACACUACACCCUGCUUGUUCCUAUCCAAACCCCACCCUACCUCCUUUGCCUCAGAGCACCCAAAGGUGCCACAGAGAAAAGAGCUGAGCAAGGGAUCCCAAUGCCAACCAAAGUCUGCCAAUGCUCACUCAAGGCACCGUACCCGCUGCACCUGUCUUCCACCUGUAAGACUCCCUCCCCAGAUUAUCUGAGGAGCUGUGAACUUGAGCAGCUUCUUCACUGCCGGAGAUCUCCUGAUACCAAGGAGUUGUAACAGCUGUGCUAUUCUGUCAAUUUCGCCAGCAUCUCUGCCCCCCUGAUGCACUCACUCUCUGACUUAGAGACGACAAACAAGCAGAGAGGGGUGUGGCGAUGUUAAAAUUGUAGGAAUACUUAACUGCCAGAUAAAUUGCAUGUGUGUAAGUUUCAAAUGUUAUAUAUAUAUAUAUAUGUAUGUAUAUAUUUAUAUAUAUAUAUAUAUACACACGCAUCGGUACGUAGUUUACAAUCACUGUUUCUGAAAGAGGGCUAAAGAAUUUCUAUUUUUUUUUUAUUAUUUUUUUUAAUGUUAGGUGGGGGGGGGAGGAUUUCCUGUUUUAGAGUGAAAAGCUUCGACCAGUCACAGAGAGAGUGGCACUGACUUUUUUUUACUCCUACGGUAUAUCUAUAAAAAAAAAGGUGCAGCAAGGUAUACCGCAAGUGAAACAUAAGCUAACACUGCCACUACAGUGAGAGGGCAUUUUGUGAGUGUGAUUAACAUUGUCCUUGGUGUACAAUCAUUUAUAUGUUGAUGAUCUAAUUAAGGCACUGUACAUAUUGUGGGGGGCGUCUCGGUACAGCUACCACCGUUGUGUAAAUAAGGUAUAACAGAAGUGUGUUUUGGGGAGGAAUUUCACCAUGAACUAGUUGCACCUAAUUGGCUAAGCAGUUUAGUAAGUACAAAAACUGCCUAAGUAUGAGCUGUAACAGGGUUUACUUAAAAAAAAAAAAAAAAUCUUAACCCAUAGCUAAAUGAAUUGGCUCUCUAUUUACUGGUGCCUUUUAAUUGUCCCUGCACAAACUGUGAUUCAUUUUAAGUGUUCCUUAAUAAUAAGUAUGAUGAUUUUAUUUUCAGCAAGCACCUCCCUCCCCAUGCACACAAAUUACAAGGUUUAGCUUUAAUGGCAGCAUAUUGGUAUCCUGGUGUCCACGUUUUUCCAAAGCUAUUUGCGUCAGUGGAUUCCUCCCCAUCUGUGCUAGACAUUUAGUCUCCUGAGACAAUGAGGCUAAAAUAUCUAGCAUUAAACAGAUUGAAGAAAUGGUGCCAUCAUUUAAGCCCAUGAGGGUGAUUGUAAUUGGGCGAAACUUCAUAGUUUACCCAUACUAGACAGUGAUCUGUAAAUGUUGGACUCAAGACUGUCUUCUGCAUCUCAAGACCCCACUUCCUUAUUAUUUAGGAGAAAAAAAAUCUAAAAAAAAAAAAAAUGUAACAUUUAACCCUUUCACUCACUGAAGGGCUAUGUGGUGCAUUGCAUACCUAGCAAAGUUUUUCCAGAUUCAUUGUAACUUGGGAGGGGUUGAUAUGGAAUGCAACAGUCACAUUUUAGAACUGAGAUUUUUCAACUUAAAAGCCAUCCCUGCUGUAAAAAGCAGUUCUUUAAGCCCGUAAUAAUGCAAAAUGUCUAAAUGUCAAAGCUGUGAUGUAAAUGCUGUGUUCUGUUGCUGAUCAUAGAAUUUUAAGAUGUCACUGGGGCAGAAAUCACGGGUAAUUUGUAUGGGUAUGUACAAAUUUGCACAGCAAAGCAUCACAGACUUUUUGUGGUGGAAGUGUUAAAAGACAAAGGAAAAAAAAAAUCAGACUAUCUUUUAUUGAUUAUUUUAUUAUUCAUUUUUAAGUUAAGUUUAGACGCAAUUUAUUAAAACAAGCCUUUUAUAAAUAGUAAUAGCAAAAAAAGUUAAGUUUUUAUUUAGUUAAUGCGAACUGUGGUGCAGUGCGCAUAUUGCUUUGGGAAAAAGAGAUGGUUAAGUGCUGUGGUGAUAUAACCCACAACUAGCGUGAUAGGGCCAGAAAGCCAAUAAUUGUACCUUUUUGAUUUCUCCUAUUUGGCAGUUUUGUGCUUUAUAUGUUUGGAGCUGCCACAUAGAAAUGUGUUUUUAUACAUAUAUAAAUAGAGAUAUAUAACUUAUGUUCAUAUACAGCAGGGUUGAUCUGAAGUGUAUGCUUCUUAUGUGCAGAAAUUUUUUAUGUAAAAUAGUUUUUUUCUAUUUUGUUCCAGUGUUGCGUACACAACAGAAAUCCUGCUUUUUCUUUUUUUUCUGGGAAUGUAAAAGAUUUGCAGAAUUUUUUGGGAGAUUCUAUUUUUGUUUUCUUUUUUAUUGUUUUAUAAGCCGUAAAGCCCUUUUUUUGCCAGAGAUGGUUUUGCCAUACUUUGCCAUUGAAUAUGCAGUGGACAUCUCUGGCGCUGAAGUGCUUAUCUAGGUGAGCAGUAGUCUUACACACAGGAAGUGCCACGUUAGACAGGAAGCAGACUGGUCUCCUGUGCGUUUAACUUGCCUUGCGUUGGCGCACAAGAAGUAAGCUUUGUAUAGAAAUGACAAUGAUAGAUAAGAUCCUUUAAACAUUCCAAAUACCAAGCCUAUUAAAUAGAAUUCCUUCCCUUGCUUGCAAUGUGAGCAGUGUAAAACUAUAACCCGUGGAACAAUGUUUUUCAAUUCCAAUCUGCAUGAACCUUUAGAAGGUCAUAUUUUAAAAUUUACUUACUUACCUGUGCUUUAAAUCUAAAAGGUUUUUUUUGGGUUUUUUUUUUAACACACUAAAAAAGUUUUAUAAAUAUAAAGAGUGCAUACCUUGCAAAAAAAAAAAUUAUCUGUUUUAAAGGGACAUGAAAGCCAACAUUUUUCUUUCAUUAUUCAGAAAGAGCAUUUAAUUUUAAACAAGCUUCCAGUUUACUUAUAUUAUCUAAUUUGCUUUAUUCUCUUGGUAUCCUUUGUUGAAGGAGCAGUAACGCACUACAGGGAGCUAGCUGAAAGCAAAUGACAAGAGACAUAUACCAACCACUAAUCAGCUAUUUGAGCCUACCCAGGUAUACUUUUCAACAAAGGAUACCAAGAGAACAAAACAAAUUAGAUAAUAGAAAUAAAUUGGAAAGUUGUUUAAAAUUGCAUGCUCUACCCGAAUCACAAAAAAAAAAAAAAAAAAAACCAUUUGGGAUUCAUGUGUCUUUAAUUCUCUGAAGUCAUCUGCUUUUAACUGCUAUUCUAUUAUUUAAAAAAAAAAACAGUUCCACGGGUAGUGAUAUUAAAUAUACAGGUGAAAAUGCUAUAAGUCCCUUGGAGAGGCAGAACCUAUUUAAUAUGAUUGCUGUAUCUGCCAGUAUUUACUUUUAAGUCUUUGAAUUGUAUAUUUAAAUCAUUGGCAGGUCUCCUUAAUAUAUCCCUCAUCUCAGAAAAAGAGCAUGCUUUCCCAGACUGGGGUUUCAAAACUUUUUUUUUUUUUUUUUUUUUUCUUUCUGGUAACUGGUUAAAUGAGCACUGUUAUUUUUGUAUAAAACGACUGACUGAAUCAAUAUGAAAUUUUGUGGUGUGCAUGAUAUUAAAGAAUUUUUUUUUUUUUUUUCCAAAUCGAUUUGUACUCGGACACAAAGCCCUAAGCCUGGGGCUUUUCACUUCAUUCUGCUGUUAUCUGCAUUACUCAAUGUAACUCCUCCCUGUUCCAUAGAGACUGUGCAUGUAACAAAGAGAAUUUCCAAAACAAACUAAAGAGUUAAGAUUGAAUUGUAAUAAUGUUGCCUCCUGGAAGCUUGAGAGGCGUCAGGACUCUGGAAACUGUGAUCUGAGCGGACAAGACUAUGAUUGAUGCUUCAGGGACACUGAGAAUAAAACUAGUAACCACG